CUAAGACUUUUGGUAGGGAAUUUUUGCUGCCAUUUCUACAGGCAUCCAUUCUCUAUCACUUCAGAUUCUAGGGAUGACUAUUUGGAUGCAUUUUGGUGCUUUUCAGUCUACAAAACAUAACUAAAUUCAUUUUCACAACAUGGGAGUUACUUAUUUAGGUUGAGUAAUUUGUUCAACUUUUAACGUUUUUUUUUUUUUUUUUUUUACUUUUAAAUUUUUUUUUUUUCACUUUCCAUUCAUAAGUUUUGAAAAUAGAAGCAAUUAAUACUUGAAUGCGAGAAUCACUUUUUUCUUGAAUUGAGUCCUAAUGCAUUCUCAAUUCUACAUUUUAUAUUUCUAUUUCUAUCUUGAAUUUGUAGAGGUAUGUGUUAAAGUCUUUAUUGCUAGGUGUGGCCAACAUCUGUUGUUUUCAUUAUCCCGUUUCAUAUUGGGUAAAGAGAAGAUUCAAGAUAAGCUUGGCCGGUUUGAUGAGCUCGCCAAUGCUUCUCUUUGUCUCUUCUUACUGUUAGCAUUCUUUGGUCAUCAGGAGAUACCAGUUUUACUGUGCUAAGUGAGUCUAUGAUAGCAUUGCUCUUCAAGACCUUCAUAGUGCUCAUUUAAUUUGUAGUGGAAAAUGAUUUCCUUUUUAGAUGUUCUAAAAAAUUUCGCCUAAAGUCAAAGCUGUGUAAUUUAAUCUGUUCUUUGUUGUCUGCAUUGGAAUAGAUGGCAUUGUCUAAGAGAAUGUUGGAAACAUAUGAGUUGUUUAGUUGGUUCGAAUGAUUGAUGGAACUAGGGGUAGGUCGUAGGAGUCAAUGUUUCUUGGUCCUAAUACUUUGUUGUUGUCCUUCCUACUUUUUGUAACUUGGUUUCAUACUGCUUUCAUAUUCAACCUACUCAAGUCUGGCUUUUAUGUUUUUGUUAGUUUGUCUACAAUUAAUGAUCUUAGCUUUCAUGAUGUUCUCUUAAACUUUUGUAAAGCAUUAUGUUACCAAAAUGGCCAUCAUCUCAGCUUAGAAGAGAUACAACUAGGGGAGGGCACAAUGGUCAUCAAUCAUCAUCGUAACUUUCAAGUUCGUAAGUCAUAAUAUAUCUGCAAACGAUUUCGGGAAGAGAUGGUGUUUGGUUGGUUGGGAUUCAAGUAUGAUUUUUUUAUGUUGGAGCUUCAUUUAGAUUCUUAGAAUCAAGCUAUGACAAAUUCUUUACAAACCAAUACAACAUGAUCCAAAUAGAAAGUGUGGAACAAACUUUUGAUUAGGUCAUCGUCAAGAUUGAACUUAGGAACUAUUAAUCAGGUUAGUAAUAUUUAUGUAAUGCUGUAAUUUUGGUUUAUGUAGGUGGCCAAAUAGCUUUAUGAUUAUCGCUACUAGCUGUGUUUUGGUUUUAAACAGAGAGGUUACUAAGCUCUGGCAUUUUAAUGUUUCUCAUUCUCAAUUCAUCAACAUAAAUAUUUAAUUCUGCAUGGGUAGUUAGUUUUAGUUGAUGCAAUGAUGCCUGAGUAGAUGUUGCUCUGACAUUAUUGCUAUCUGCCACUGUUAAUCUGUAAUAUAUAUCCUUUUUAGACAACGAAUACGAACAUACUUAGAAAAUGGUAUAAACAUACUAAUAGCUUUGUUAAUCUUAAAGCAAACAAUAAAAUAAACUACUGUGUGUUUGAAAAUAAGGAAUUUUGAAUCUCAAGCCUAGACCGAACACCAUUAGUUCAUUUUGUAUUGGGAUAGUACAGUGCAGGUCCUACCUAUUAAUUUAUACAUGUAUAUAUGUGUUGGUAUGACAGAUUACAAUCGAUUUGUGCAUUGGGCGUUGGAGGCAUGGAGCUUUGACGAAAGAGAUUUUGAGUGGGGCGGCUAGCUCUUGCAAGAACUGGGCUAGCCAUGUCUUUGAAUCGAAUAUGCAAUCUCCAUCUCGACUUGCGCAUGGGAUGGUCGUUGAGUUGAUGUAGCUGCAAGCCCGCAACAGCGAUCCCAAACUCGCGGAUAGGGCAUCCAGAAGCUCCCUUGCAGCUUGCUAGCUAGCUAAGCAUUCUUUGAUUUUGUUGUAGUCCUAAUAUAUAUAAUUUGAUCGGUUUCUCUUACGACUUAUCUAUUUAUUUACUACUCAUCGAGCCAGCUACAAGAGCGAGGGGAAGAUAAUACUAUUAGACCAUGCUUUACAAUGUGCUGAUUAGUACGGUUUAUUGUGAAAGCUUGUCUCGGAAGACCCACUGACUCGUCCUGACCCGUCCCGUCCCGUCCCUAAGGGUCAGGACGGGUCAGUUUGUCUACAGGGACAGAUUAGGGACGGGUCAUUUGUUGACCCUGUACGGGUCGGGACAACUUAGGGGAGGGUCACGUUUUGACCCUGUGACCCUUAGCAACAACAAAUAUCUCAUACUUCAUUGGACUUUUUUGUAAAGUUUUAAAAGUUUAGGUAAUAAUUGGUAAAAAUAAAAAAAUUUGGGUACAAAAAUGUAGUUUUACCAUCCAAUUUUAUGGACUUAUUUGCAAACAAAAUAAUAUUUAGGUAUUAAAUUGUAAGAAAAAAU